UGCCUUUGAAGGGCUGCUGACAGGGCAGAGCCACUUCCCUGCCAGGUUGGGCUGGGGCCUGUAGGGCUCCAAUUGAGACUGGGCAUUCCUGUCAUACUGGUACCAGGAGGUUGCGAGAGGCCUGGCUGAUUUGGGGCAGUUGGCUCCUCAGUUUAUCGCUGCUCUGGGCCGCAGGCUCUGGUUUCCUUCAGCUCAGCCCUGACAGCAUGCUCUCCUGGUGCCUUCUCCUCCCAGGCAGGGCUGGUUGGAGCAGGCCCCGGGUGGGCAUCUGGGAUGUCGGGGAUCUGAGGCUGGCAGCGUGAGUGUGUCAGGGCUCCAGUAUAGGCUUAAGGUGCCUGGUUUCCAGGACGGGUGGCAGUUCUCAGUGGGCAUGGACUUGGGUGGAGUGGAGGCGGCAGCUGGGCGGAACUAGGGAGGAGCUCCAGCCAGCCGGGACACCCGGCUCCAGUUUAAAAGCCAGUAGUCGGUGCUCGUGUGGCCACUGCUCCAUCAUUCCUGCUCCUGAGGACUCAGCCUCAUGGCUCUGGCAAAGGUCUCUGGGACCUGCCUCCUCCUUGUGCGUGUCUUGCAGGCCCAUGGCCUGCCCUCCAAGGACCUGAUGAGCCCCUCUGACUGCUACGUGACUCUGUGGCUGCCCACCGCCUCCAGCCACAGACUGCAGACACGCACUGUCAAGAACAGCAGAAACCCGGUCUGGAACCAGACCUUUCGCUUCCGAAUCCACACCCAACUCAAGAAUGUCCUGGAACUGACAGUCUUUGACCAAGACCUGUGGACCAAGGAUGACCCGGUGUUGUCAGUGUUGUUUGACACAGGGACCCUGCGAGCCGGGGAGUUCCAGCGCCAGAGCUUCUCCCUGAGCACUGAGGGUGAGAUGCGUCUGGAAGUGGAAUUUCGACUGCAGAGCCUGACAGACUGUGCAGAGCAUCUGGUUAGCAAUGGCAUCCUGGUGGCCCGGGAGCUCUCCCGCGUGCACAUUCAGCUGGAAGAAAUGGGGCACCGGGAAGGGUCAGAAAGCAAAGUUCAGCUUGUGGUCCCGGGGGCCUGUGAGGGUCCACAGGAGGCCUCUGUGGGCACUGGCUCUUUCUGCUUCCACUGCCUGGGCUCCUGGGAGCAAGAGCUGAAUAUUCACCUGAAGGAUGACCCCCAAGAGCAACUAAAGGUGCCGCUGCAGGCCCUGCCUUCUGGCCAGCUGGUGAGGCUGGUCUUCCCCACAUCCCAGGAACCCAUGCUGAGGGUGGAACUGAAGAAAGAAGAAGGCCCAAGGGAGCUGACUGUGCGGCUGGGCAGUGGGCCCUGCACCAAGGAGCAGGCCUUCCUGAGCAGGAGGAAACAGGUGGUGGCCAAGGCCCUGAAGCAGGCCCUGCAGCUGGACAGAGACCUGCAGGAGGAUGAGGUCCCAGUAGUAGCCAUUAUGGCCACAGGCGGUGGGAGCCGGGCAAUGACAUCCCUGUACGGACAGCUGGCUGGUCUGAAGGAGCUGGGCCUCCUGGACUGUGUCUCCUACAUCACAGGGGCCUCAGGCUCCACCUGGGCCUUGGCCAACCUCUACGAGGACCCAGAGUGGUCUCAGAAGGACCUGGCAGGGCCCACCGAGUUGCUGAAGACACAGGUGACCAAGAGCAAGCUGGGCGUGCUGGCUCCUAGCAAACUGUGGCAGUACCAGCAGGAGCUGGCUGAGCGCACCCGCCUAGGCCACCCCACCUGCUUCACCGAUCUGUGGGCCCUCGUCAAUGAGGCACUGCUGCAUGAUGAGCCCCACAACCACAGGCUCUCAGACCAGCGGGGGGCCCUGACUCGUGGCCAGAACCCUCUGCCCAUCUACUGUGCCCUCAACACCAAGGAGCAGAGCCUGACCACCUUUGAGUUUGGAGAGUGGGUCGAGUUCUCCCCCUACGAGGUUGGCCUCCCCAAGUACGGGGCCUUCAUCCCCGCUGAGCUUUUCGGCUCCGAGUUCUUCAUGGGCCGGCUGGUGAAACGGCUCCCGGAAUCCCGCAUCUGCUUCCUGGAAGGUAUCUGGAGCAACCUGUACGCAGCCAGUCUCCGGGACAGCUUGUACUGGUCCUCAGACCCUACCCAGUUCUGGGACCGCUGGGCCCAGGACCGGGCCAACCUGGACAAGGAGCAGGUUCCCCAUUCAAAGACGGAAGAGCCGCCCCCGGCAGCUGGCCAGAUCGCCGAGUUCUUCAGCAGCCUUCUCAGCAGGCGCCCACUUGUCCAGGCGACCCACAACUUUCUCCGUGGCCUGCAUUUCCACAAGGACUACUUCCACCAUCCCCACUUCUCUGCCUGGAAAGCUACCAAACUGGAUGGGCGCCCCAACCAGCUGACACCCAUGGAGCCUCACCUUUGCCUGCUGGACGUCGGCUACCUCAUCAACACCAGCUGCCUGCCCCUCCUGCAGCCCACCCGGGAUGUGGACCUCAUCCUGUCGCUGGACUACAACCUCCAGGGAGCCUUCCAGCAGCUACAGCUCCUGGGCCGCUUCUGCCAGGAGCAGGGGAUUCCGUUCCCUCCCAUUUCACCCAGCCUGGAGGAGCAGAGCCACCCUCAGGAGUGCCACACCUUCUGCGACCCUACCCAGCCUGAAGCCCCUGCCGUGCUCCACUUCCCUCUGGUCAACAACUCCUUCCGGGAGCACUCGGCCCCUGGGGUGCAGCGGACACCUGAGGAGCAGGCGGCUGGGGAGGUGGAACUGUCUUCUACCAGCUCCCCAUACCACUACUCCAAGGUGACCUACAGUCCUGAGGACACAGACAGGCUACUGCACCUGACGCAUUACAACAUCUGCAACAACCGGCAGCAGCUGCUGGAGGCCCUGCGCCAGGCUGUGCAGCGGCGGCAGCUGCGGAGGCCCCAGUGAGAGCCCGGGCUGGGCCUCAGCUGCCCUUUUCCAUGUGGUUCCGAGUCUGGACUGGGACAUCAUGCGUCCUGGAACCACUGGAGGCUUUGAUGUCCAGAGAGCUAUCUAGAGGUGGCCACCAGCAACCCUGGCACAGGGUCCAGGCUGAGGCCCUGCAGGAGGCUGGGAGUGAGCGGCCUAGCUCUUCAUGGCUGCGACCAGAGCCAAGGACCCCAUGGAGUGGACUGGAGCUGCCUUCCCCGGACAAGCAGUGCUCAGAGGCCUUGUGAAGGCAUCGGGGGGUCAUGAGGAUAAAGUGGCCAUGUGUACAGAGUGAAACAGAGCACUUUACAUUAUAAACGCACUUGCAAAUGGGA